GAUCGGUCCAGGCCAGUCAGUACGCAGCUAGGGCUACAAAGCUAUGCCACCAGGUUCCUAGCCGGCUGCAUUUUGGCGCCGGGCCCUCAGCAUGGCUGCCUCCAGGGUUGAGGGCUGGGGAGCUGCCACACCCUCGUUUUGCUGACCCGUCUCUGGAGUCUGUGUUCUUCUUGUCUUUCCUGGGCCACACUAGCAGACAUGUUCGCUAAGGCCUUUCGGGUCAAGUCCAACACGGCCAUCAAGGGGUCGGACAGGAGAAAACUUCGGGCCGAUGUGACAGCUGCUUUCCCCACCCUUGGAACAGAUCGGGUCUCUGAGUUGAUCCCUGGAAAGGAAGAGCUAAAUGUCAUGAAGUUGUAUGCCCACAAAGGAGAUACAGUGACUGUGUACAUGAGUGGUGGUAACCCCAUCCUGUUUGAACUGGAGAAAAAUUUGUAUCCAACAGUGUACACACUGUGGUCCUAUCCUGAUCUUCUACCAACGUUUACAACAUGGCCUCUGGUACUCGAAAAACUGGUCGGGGGAGCAGAUUUGAUGCUGCCAGGGGUAGUGGUGCCCCCUACUGGUCUGCCUCCCGUACAGCAAGGUGACCUCUGUGCCAUUGCCUUGGUGGGGAACAGGGCUCAUGCCUUCCAGGCAAGAACUUUGCUGUUUUUCCAGCUCCUACUGCUUCUCUUACAAAGGAACCAGGAGUCAGUGUAUGAACAGAUCAGUGAGGAGACUCUGCCUAACCCUCAUCUCUGGAUUCCUUCUAGAGCUCCUGUAGCAAUCGGAGUGGCUGCCAUGUCUACAGCUCAGAUGCUGGCGUCAGGCCUGAAGGGGAAGGGCUUCUCUGUGCUCCACACUUAUCAGGACCACUUGUGGAAAUCUGGAGACAAGUCUGCUCCACCUGCCAUUGCCCCAUUGGCAGUGAAUCCCACAGAUAGCAAUGAAGAGAAGGUGGACCUUGGUCUGCAAGGAAGCCUGAGCAGCCUGACCCUGGAGGGAGAGGAGGAGAACAGGAAGGUUCAUCACUCAGAAGCCUCUGAAGACACCAGCUCUGGGGCCGUGAGCCAGGAUUCUUCGGAUAGCAAGCCCCUUCAAGAGCAAAUGGAUGAGCUGUUACAGCAGUGCUUCCUGCAUGCCUUGAAGAGUCGAGUCAAAAAAGCCGACCUCCCUUUGCUCACCAGCACUCUCCUGGGCAGUCACAUGUUCUCCUGCUGCCCCGAAGGACAGCAACUGGAUAUAAAGAAGUCAAGCUACAAAAAGCUCUCUAAGUUCCUGCAGCACAUGCAGCAGGAACAGAUUGUCCAGGUCAAGGAGCUGAGCAAAGGGGUGGAGAGCAUUGUGACUGUGGACUGGAGGCACCCGAGGAUCACAUCUUUUGUCAUCCCCGAGCCUUCCCCGACUUCCCAGACUGUGCAGGAGGGUAGCAGGGAACAGCCCUAUCACCCUCCAGAUAUAAAAUCCCUCUACUGUGUCCCAGCCAACAUGACCCAGCUCUUCCAGGAGUCUGGCCACAAGAAGGGGAGCACCCUUGAGGGCAGUGAGGUCCGAAGGAUCAUCGUUGACUAUGCCAAGAGGAACAACCUGGUGGAUGCAGAUAACAAAAAUCUGGUGAAAUUGGAUCCUAUCCUCUGUGACUGCCUCUUAGAGAAGAAUGAACAGCAUGUGGUCAUGAAGCUUCCGUGGGACGGUCUCCUGACCAGGUGUUUGCAAAAUAUGCAGCCUGCCUACCAAGUCACAUUUCCUGGACAGGAGCCCAUCCUGAAGAAAGGGAAACUCUGUCCGAUUGACAUCACCCUUGCACAGAAGUCUUAUAAUAAAAAGGUGACUGUGGUCCGGAACUUGGAGACCUAUGGCCUUGAUCCAUGCUCAGUGGCUGCAAUUCUCCAGCAGCGAUGUCAGGCCAGCACCAUCGUCUCUCCUGCCCCUGGGGCCAAAGACAGUCUACAGGUGCAGAUUCAGGGAAACCAGAUCCACCACCUUGGCCAACUAUUGCUUGAAGAGUAUCGGCUCCCUGGAAAGUACAUCCAAGGCACAGAAAAGGCCCCCAAACCUGGCAAGAAGUGACAGAAUCAUUUUAUGCAGUGGAUCCUAUGGGAACCCAGGUUCUGAGCUGGUAAUUGAUAUGAGCAUUUUUAACUUUUGCAAAUAAAAACUGUAAUUCUUUACUGAAA